UUUUAUAGAAUCUUUUUACCCCUUCCUCAGGGUAGCCUUCUCUCCCCAUUGCAUCAGGAGGACUCUCAAACAUAUUGGAUAUCAUGAAAUCUUAUGUUUCUAUUUUGCAGCACUCAUCACAGCCCUUAUUACAGAUUACUUUUGACAUUGUUUAAUGUGCCUGUCAUGUGAUUGCCUUGCUUGCCACUGCAUCCUUAGCUUUUAGCAUGAUUGGCUCAUAUUAGAUAAUUCAGGUGUUUAUUGAAUUGGGGCAGGGGGCGGAAAGCCAUGGUGUUUUGCUUCCGUUAUAGUGUAGGGCUUCUAGUACAAGCAACAUCCUCAGCUCUCAAAAACGUUUUCUGAAGAACCCAGGUCUCACCCAUUAGGAACUAUGCAUAAUAUAGUAGCUGAGGCUGCCUCAGAGACUCCUGCAGGUUCUCCUUGGCUAGAGAGGAAACAAUGUGAAUUCAGCUAGGGGAGCAUGUAUUACUUGUAGAGGGCUUUUAAAUCAGCCUUCUAGAAUUGUGAAGUAGAAGUCACAUCCAUUUUGACUUAUCUCAAUUAUACAGUAGGUUGAAACAGUAGCUCUCACAGUGUGGUCCCUAGACCAACACCAUCACCCAAACCUGGGAAUCGCUAGAAACUAAUCAGGACUAGGGGUGGGCCGCUGCAAUCUGUUUGAAUAAGCCUCCAGGUGAUUUAAGGAAGGCCACGCUGGAGAAUCACUUUUAAACCGGCUUAAGUUCACUCUUUAACCUACAAAGUUACAAACGUUUGGGGAAAAUGGAAUUAAAUUAUAGGUGUAUUUUGGUAUAGAAAAAUUGGAAAUCCGUGUACUUAACCACGGACAGAGGUUCUACCUGGCUAUCUGUGCCUUGAGUACCGACGCUCAAUGUUUCUGCCCUCCGCAAUCCUUACAUUCCUUCUGCGAUUUCCGUCUGUGAAAGGCCCAGUGCCAAACGCAGUCUUUAAGAUGGAGCCCCUAUAGGAAAUUGCAGAGUUCUAGCCUAAAAUGAGCCUUCACAGUACAGUCCGUUCAUCAAACACACGAAAUAAGCAGUUACAGAUGACAUCAGAAUGGUAUCGCAAGGAUGCUGACCACCAAGUAAGUCCUAAGUUUUGCUCCUGAGCUUUGAGGGCCGGAAGUGGGAAAGGAGCGACCCCUGAAUUCCUAGUUGUUACGCUCUUCCUGAAGCUUUUGAUAGUGGAACCCUGGGUUUUAGUGCAGAUGAUGUACAGCAAGUGCCAUUUUCCUCCAACUCAAAUCUGAAUUACACAAGUGACAUAAUCAGACGGGGCAGGGGGCGAGUGGGAGAUAUAGACGAUAACACCAGGUGCGGUUCUGUUUCACGACCGACCGACUGGCUUCAAAGAACAGGGUUUCCGCUGCGAGCCCCCUCCUCAGUGCGCUCCCACGCCCCGCGUUCAGUCCCGGUGUGGCCUGGAGACCGAACAGACCCAGACCCCACGGAGCCCGCGCGGCACAGCCCAAAUCAACGAAGACUGCCCCCUUGCGGCACGCGGAUGCGAGCCUGACUCACGGCCGCGCGGCCUCUUCCGCCCUGACCCCGGCGCGCCUCACGUCAAUAGAGCGCUCGGCGCCUGCGACGGAGCCGCCCGCGUGAGGCGAGCGCCCCGCAGCCAAUGGGACGCUAGGUGCGAACAGCGGUAACCAAUGAGUUGUCGGGGUGGUCUGGCGUGCCGACCAAUCACGAGGCCUCGCACCCGGAUAUGGUUCCUGCGUUCUGAAAACCUAGCUCGGAGAAAGUGAGGGGCUCCACGUGGGGCAGGGGAGCGCUGGCGCGGAGGCAGAGGUGCAGUGUGGCAGAUUCAGGGGCCCGCUCGUGCCUUUGCCGGUAAGGUGACGAGUGAGGGAGCACAUCCAUGAGGCUCCUUAUCCGUGGGUAGCGGUCCCGCUGCGGCGUCUCAGAGCCUGGGCCGGGGUAAGCCCCUCGAUGGUGUCCCACUGGGCGUAGCGGCUAGCAGACGCAGCUCGGGCCCGGGGGAACAUGAAUCUCUUACCGAAAAGCUCCAGGGAGUUUGGCUCCGUUGACUAUUGGGAGAAGUUCUUCCAGCAGCGAGGAAAGAAAGCUUUCGAGUGGUAUGGGACCUACCUGGAACUCUGCGGGGUGCUGCACAAAUACAUCAAACCCAGGGAGAAGGUGCUGGUGAUUGGGUGUGGCAACUCAGAGCUGAGUGAGCAGCUAUAUGACGUGGGCUAUAAGGAUAUCGUGAACAUCGACAUCAGUGAGGUUGUCAUUAAGCAAAUGAAGGAACGCAAUGCCACGCGCCGGCCCCAGAUGAGCUUCUUGAAGAUGGACAUGACGCAGAUGGAGUUUCCCAAUGCAUCAUUCCAGGUGGUGUUGGACAAGGGCACCCUGGACGCUAUCCUGACAGAUGAGGAGGAGAAGACCCUGCAGCAGGUGGACAGGAUGCUGGCUGAGGUUGGCCGUGUCCUGCAGGUGGGCGGUCGCUACCUCUGCAUCUCCCUGGCUCAGGCUCACAUCCUGAAGAAAGCAGUGGGUCACUUCUCUCGGGAGGGGUGGAUGGUGAGGGUGCACCAAGUGGCUAGCAGCCAGGACCAGGUGUUGGAAGCAGAGCCUCGGUUCCCCCUGCCUGUCUUUGCCUUCAUCAUGACCAAGUUCAGGCCAACCCCUGGCUCUGCCCUUCAGAUCUUUGAGCUGUGUGCUCAGGAGCAGGGCAAGCCCACCCGGCUGGAGAGUGCCGAGCGGCUGGCGGAGGCGGUGCGGGAGCGGCAGCAGUAUGCCUGGCUGUGCAGCCAGCUGCGCCGCAAGGCCGGGCUGGGGAGUGUGUCUCUGGACUUGUGCGAUGGGGACACGGGGGAGCCACGCUACACCCUCCACGUGGUGGACAGCCCCACUGUGAAACCAUCGAGGGACAAUCAUUUUGCCAUUUUCAUCAUCCCCCAAGGCCGGGAGACCGAGUGGCUCUUCGGCAUGGAGGAGGGCCGGAAGCAGCUGGCAGCCAGCGCAGGCUUCAGGAGACUGGUCACAGUGGCCCUUCACCGAGGUCAGCAGUACGAAGGCAUGGACAGCAUCCAGGCUGAGCUGUCUGCCAGAGUCAUGGAGCUGGCCCCAGCUGGGAUGCCUGCACAGCAGCAGGUGCCCUUUCUGUCUGUGGGUGGGGACAUCGGGGUACGGACUGUCCAGCACCAAGACCGCAGCCCUUUGAGUGGCGACUAUGUUAUUGAAGACGUGCAAGGGGACGACAGGCGAUACUUUCGGCGGCUGAUCUUCCUCAGCAGCAGGAACGUGGUUCAGUCAGAAGCCAGAUUGCUGAAGGAGGCGUCUCACAGAGCUCAGAAGAAACGGAAAAAGGACCGGAAGAAGCAGCGGCCUGCCGAUACUGCUGAGCAUCUGCCUGCAGCCCCAGGACAGUCCAUCGAUAAGAGUUACCUGUGCUGUGAACACCACAAAGCCAUGAUCGCUGGCCUUGCCCUGCUGAGAAACCCAGAGCUGCUCCUAGAGACCCCGCUGGCAUUGUUGGUCGUAGGUCUGGGAGGGGGCAGCCUCCCCCUCUUUGUUCAUGAUCACUUCCCGAAGUCCUGCAUUGAUGCUGUGGAGAUCGACCCCUCCAUGUUGGAAGUGGCUACCCAGUGGUUUGGCUUCUCCCAGAGUGACCGAAUGAAGGUCCAUAUUGCAGAUGGCCUGGACUAUAUCAGCAGCCUGGCAGGAGGAGGUGAAGCUCGGCCCCGCUACGAUGUCAUCAUGUUUGAUGUCGACAGUAAAGACCCAACACUGGGAAUGAGUUGUCCACCUGCAGCGUUUGUGGACCAGCCUUUCCUGCAGAAGGUCAAAAGCAUCCUGGCUCCUGAUGGUGUCUUUAUCCUUAACCUCGUGUGCCGAGAUAUGGGACUGAAGGACUCCGUGCUGGCUGGGCUCAAGGCUGUGUUCCCCCUCUUGUAUGUCCGGCGAAUUGAGGAUGAAGUGAAUGAGAUCCUGUUCUGUCAGCUGCACCCUGAGCAGAAACUUGCCCUGCCAGAGCUCCUGGAGAUGGCGCAGGCCUUGGAACGGGUGCUCAGGAAGCCUGGGAGGGGUUGGGAUGACACUUACAUCCUGUCAGAUAUGCUCAAGACUGUAAAGAUUGUAUGAUCACUGAGGCCAGGCACUCUGCUCGGCUUCCUGCCCAGACUGACCCUGGACUCCUGGCCUGCCAGGGACUGAAGAAAUACAACACACAGUGGUUUUUAA